GGUAAAAAUAUUUUCUUGAAAAGGAGAAAGCAAACAGCCAAACAUAGCCAUUUUACAGUUCUCAGGGUUGAAUGAGGGUUAUAAGGCUGCUUGCUUCAUGGCAUAUGUAGUGGGUUAACGAAGAAAAAUAAAGAGUAAUGACGUCGAUACAACAAUGCUCAUAUGUAUGGAUCCCUAGUGAUAUAAAUUGGCAGGAACCUCCACUAUAUGACCUGAAGAACAAAGAUGAUAAUUCAUUCUCUCCGAAUUUGUUAACCUUUUCUCAGCCAUUAACUAAAAGUAAGAUGCCCGAAAGAUCUACACCUGACUUUGUAUACAAACGAAGAAAGAUUCAAAGAGAUCAUUCAUCUGUACCACCACUUUACCAAAGCUCGACGCCUACUUUUGUGUAUGGACGAAGGCGAAGGAAGGUUCUGGGGAAACCUCAUCACGACCCCAUAGUGGAAGAAAGCGUAAAAAAUAAGUUACCCAAAACUUUGGAAAAUGACAAUAUCUCAUCAUCAAAUUCCAAUAUGAAGUUUCAAGUGGAUGACGUUGGUGAGUGUUCAUCUUCUAAGAAUAUAAGUGAAAAGAAACCAAAGAAAUUGAUAGAGUCAAACUCUGAAAAUUCAACGGAGAGUGAUUCAGACCCUAUAUUGUCCAUGUUAAGGAGUGUCAAACCGUAUAAGUCAAAGGUUCGCAUUGAUGAAGAUUUUCAAGCUGAGGUCCCAGAUUGGUCUGAUACAUUAAUCAGUGAUCUUGAUGAUUAUGGUGAACCUGUGGAAAUAACUCCUGUUGAAUGGGGUCUCGGUCAAGACUUGAACUCUUGCAAACUUUCAAGACUUGGCUCAAUAGGGAAUUGGCUUCAAUGUCAUGACGUUAUAGAUGGUGACGGAACCAUUUGUGGAAAAUGGCGAAGAGCUCCUUUAUUUGAAGUUCAAACUGACAAUUGGGGGUGUUAUUGCGCUGUCCUCUGGGAUCCAAUGCAUGCUGAUUGCUCUGUACCACAGGAGCUAGAUACCGAUCAAGUAAUAGCACAGUUGGAGUAUAUAGAAGUGUUGAGGCCGCGUCUCAAGCUGAAAAGAUACAUUUAACAAGGAGUGAAAGCACACUAGCAGUCUGGAGUAAAACCAAAUUUAACUCGUACAUUCAGGCAUAUAGAAAGCUGAUGUAGGUAAUCAAUAGUCAAAGUAUUACUUUUGUGAGCAUAUUGACUUGACCCAUGAGCGGGACCAAACAUGGAUUUUUGCCAAUGAUUGGCUAUGAUGGCGAUUUUGUAAAAAGUUUCAGUGAAAGUUAAUCACCGAGUCAACAAGUCUUUGAAUC